UCAAUAAGCACGUGGGACCGGCCGAACUUUCCAGAAGCAACGCGAGCAGCAGCGCCUGCCCAGAACUCACCCGGAGCUGCAGCGCCUGCCCAGAACUACCCGGAGCCGCGAACAGCAGCGCCUGCCCAGAGCCAGCCCGUCCGCCCCCUCCCCGGAGCCGAAUUCGGAACGGACCGUCUCACUCCGGCCCCGAAGCCGCCCGGACCCUCUUUCUGCACGGACCUCCUAGCAACCCGCCAUCGCCAUGUUCUACCUGGUGCGCUCAGCCUCUCGGCGCCUGGCCGCCGCCGGUAGGGGUCAUUGGAAUGGACUGAGCCAGGAUGUACUUCGAUCAUUGGCAAGACGCAAUUAUGCGUCUGAAGCUAUUAAGGGUGCUGUUAUUGGAAUUGAUCUGGGCACAACUAAUUCCUGCGUUGCGGUGAUGGAAGGCAAACAAGCAAGGGUACUUGAAAAUUCAGAAGGUGCCAGAACAACUCCUUCUGUAGUUGCUUUUACAGCAGAUGGUGAACGUUUGGUUGGGAUGCCAGCCAAAAGACAAUCCAUAACCAACCCUAAGAACACUUUAUAUGCCACAAAACGCUUAAUUGGGCGGCGUUUUGACGACGUUGAAGUACAAAAGGAUUUGAAAAAUGUGCCAUAUAAAAUUGUGCGUGCUUCUAAUGGUGAUGCUUGGGUGGAAGCUCAUGGGAAGAUGUACUCUCCAAGCCAGGUUGGGGCAUUUGUCCUGAUGAAAAUGAAGGAAACAGCAGAAAGUUACUUGGGGCAAGCUGCAAAGAAUGCUGUUAUUACAGUGCCUGCAUAUUUCAACGACUCCCAAAGACAGGCCACGAAAGAUGCUGGACAGAUUGCUGGAUUAAACGUUCUACGAGUCAUCAAUGAGCCCACAGCAGCUGCUUUAGCAUAUGGAUUAGACAAGUCUGAAGACAAGGUCAUUGCUGUCUAUGAUCUGGGCGGCGGUACUUUUGAUAUCUCUGUGCUGGAGAUUCAGAAAGGAGUCUUUGAAGUAAAGUCCACAAAUGGGGAUACCUUCUUGGGGGGUGAGGACUUCGACCAGGUCUUACUCAAACACAUCGUCAAGGAAUUCAAGAGAGAGUCAGGUGUAGACCUCACCAAGGACAACAUGGCACUACAGCGAGUGAGAGAAGCAUCAGAGAAAGCCAAGUGUGAGCUGUCUUCAUCCCUUCAGACUGACAUUAACCUUCCUUACUUGACAAUGGACGCUUCUGGACCAAAACAUCUGAAUAUUAAAAUUACUCGUGCUCAGUUUGAGAACAUUGUUGCCGAUCUCAUUAAGAGGACCGUUAAUCCCUGCCAGAAGGCCAUGCAGGAUGCAGAGGUCAGCAAAAGUGAUAUUGGCGAGGUCAUUCUAGUGGGUGGAAUGACCAGAAUGCCAAAGGUCCAGACAAUUGUUCAAGAGCUAUUUGGUCGUUCCCCAAGUAAGUCAGUGAACCCAGAUGAAGCUGUUGCUGUUGGUGCUGCUAUUCAAGGUGGUGUGCUUGCUGGUGAUGUCACAGAUGUCCUGCUACUUGAUGUUACACCCCUGUCACUAGGUAUUGAGACUCUGGGCGGAGUUUUCACCAAACUCAUCGGCAGGAAUACUACAAUUCCAACAAAGAAAGGCCAGGUCUUUUCAACGGCCGCUGAUGGACAGACCCAGGUUGAGAUCAAAGUGUUCCAGGGGGAGCGGGAGAUGGCAGCUGACAACAAGCUUCUUGGACAGUUCACAUUGGUUGGAAUGCCACCAGCUCCCCGUGGAGUUCCACAGAUUGAAGUUACAUUUGAUAUUGAUGCCAAUGGUAUUGUCCACGUUUCUGCAAGGGACAAAGGCACAGGUCGUGAGCAGCAGAUUGUCAUCCAAUCUUCUGGUGGGCUGAGCAAGGACGAUAUUGAGAACAUGAUCAAAAAUGCAGAAAAAUAUGCUGAAGCAGACAGGAGGAAGAAGGAAACUGUUGAAGCAGUAAACAACGCUGAAGGAAUUAUUCAUGAUACAGAAUCAAAAAUGGAAGAAUUCAAGGAUCAACUUCCAAAGGAGGAGUGUGACAAAUUGAGAGAGGAGAUCACAAAAGUGAAGGAGCUGUUGGCUCGAAAGGAUUCUGAGACAGGUGAAACCAUCAAAGCUGCAGCAUCCAACCUACAGCAGGCCUCACUGAAGCUCUUUGAGAUGGCUUACAAGAAGAUGGCAUCUGAGCGGGAGAGUUCAGGCAGCACGGACAGUGGAGAAAGUGGAGACAAGAAGGAGGAGAAGCAAUAAAAUGCCUCAAAAGUAACUGUUUGAUGAACUAGGAGGGAGAUAACAAGCUUGGGGGUGGCAGAGCCGGAAGAGAAUUUUUCUCCUGAGCGGAUUUGCACGAGUCAUUCUCAUACUGUAUUUUUGCAGUAUCCUAUACAUAUUUUCUCUUUAUAAAGUAGAAGUAUCAGUGUUGAGUCUAUGUUUUAACAAAUCUGUCAGAUUUGUUGCCAUUCAUGUAACGUAAUUCACCUUCUGUAAUUGCUGAUAUAUGAGAGGGCUAGCUUCAUGGUAGAAGAAAUAAACUUUCGGUUUGCAGCCAAA